AUGCCGCAGUCGCCUGCAGGCGCACCCGCUGUAGUUUCGUUGGCGCCUUCAAAUGCAGAUGCCGCUCCUUCCACGCCCUUGCAGCAUACUGCCACCCAUGGCGCGCCCCUGGGGGUUUCGGUGGAGGUGGAAGUGGUAGAUGAGCGUCUUCGUAAAGGGAGUGAGAAAGUAGAUAACCAUCAGCAAGUAACAGAGGUCGGCCAAGACAAGGAGGACGAGAGGGAGAAGAUGGCACAGGGGGAUCCCAUGGAGUUGACAGGUUUGGGGAGGAGCAAGGGUGGUGCAGAAGACUAUGGAGUGGACGUGCAAUGCGAGGUAGGGGAAGUGAAAAACGACGUGGUUGUAGAGAUUCAAGGCGAGACUUCAAACAGCAAGGUGGCAGCGAGGGUGGAUGAGCAUGUGGCGGACAUAAAGCGUGCAGAAUUGGACGCUCAUUUGGAUAAAAUGGAAGCGGAAGAGAAGCGUUUGGCAAUCGAAGAAGAGAAGGAGAUGGUGCGGGUUGAGGAGCAUAGGAGGGUUCUGGAGUCGGAGAGGGCGCGAAUAGCUGCUGAACGACUCAGACUGAAGAUGGGACAGAAACUGGAACAGGGUGGAGACAAAUCGGAUGUGGGAACUUCGGAUGAAGGGAUUGCUAGUGAUGGGGAUGGGACCGAAGGAGAGGGCAAGAGAGGGAAGGUUUGUGAGGUAGCAGACGGUCUGGGUAAAGUGUACGGGGAAGAUAAGCCGUACAGAGCAGGCGGGUUUUUCAAGAGGAAGAAGGCAACAGCGGAAACCAAGUACUGUUCCGAGCAGACAGUUGGAGGGUGCAAAAGAAAUCUGGGAAAAUUUGACAGCGAGCGGAAUAGGAACUACAGCAUCGCCAUCUGCUGGAUGGCAUACACUCCAGAUGCGGACCCCAUCGCCUACGGCAUGGAUAAGGAGGAUGUCCAAGCGUGGUCGGCCCAUCUGAACCUCGCCAAGCAGUUGCCGACUAGGGUCUGGAGCGUUCUGAACGAGCUGCACAUUUCCCGCAUUGAGAAGUGA